UUCUCCUGGCUUUUUGGAUAUUACGAUGGACCAGUUAUUUCGAUCCCGUUGCGGGUCAGGAGUUCUCGUUGUUCAACGAGAGUCAAGACGAAAUGAACGACAUGGAGAUCUUCCGCGCGGUCUUCGAGUCGAUGCAGGAGUGGAGGAUGCACAAAAUGUCCCGCCGCAGGGGAAAGAGGGAAGUGUCCAAAGUUUGCUACGAGGACGUCGGUUGCUUCGAGGAUACCGGGCCGUUCAGUUACCUCGAGAUGCUGCCGUCACCGCCUAAGGACGUCGGCACCAGAUUCCUCGUAUAUGGGAGUAGAAAGGCGAGAUCGAUCCCCAUGGAGGUGCCCGCCGACGAUAUAAACGAUGGAGCGAAUCGUGCCAUAGACCCCGAUCUGCCGACCAAAGUGAUCGUCCACGGAUUCGGGAGCAAUUGCAAUCACCUAUGGGUGUACGAUAUGAGGUCAGCGUUGAUGAGCAUUCACGAUUGCAACAUAGUUUGCGUCGACUGGGGCCCGGGCAGCGCCGUGCCCAAUUACGUGAGAGCGGCGGCCAACACACGAUUGGUGGGUCGACAACUAGCGAAAUUAAUUCGCAGCUUGAACGUACCGCUGGAAAAAGUGCACCUGAUAGGAUUCAGCCUGGGCGCUCAUGUGGCUGGAUUCGCCGGGGCCGAGCUCGGCAACGUUUCCCGAAUCACCGGUCUGGAUCCCGCGGGGCCGCUUUUCGAGUCGCAAGAUCCAAGGGCACGCUUGGACGUGACGGACGCGAAUUACGUGGACGUGAUUCACAGUAACGGCGAGCAGCUGAUUCUGGGCGGACUCGGUUCUUGGCAGCCCAUGGGUGACGUGGAUUAUUACCCAAACGGCGGUAAAAUGCAGAGCGGAUGCUCCAAUCUCUUCUUCGGCGCUGUCACCGAUAUUAUCUGGUCGAGCGCCGUAGAGGGCAAAUCGUUGUGCAACCAUCGGCGGGCGUACAAGUUCUUCACCGACUCCGUCAGCCCCAAGUGCCGAUUCCCGGCGUUUCCCUGCGAUAACGGCUACGAUGGUCUGAUGAAGGGUGAUUGUUUCCCCUGCAGCGUCAACGGCGUGGACAGGCCCUGCGGCGAGAUGGGUUAUUACAGCAACGAGUCGCCCGCCCGGGGCCAACUCUACCUUAUAACGAGAGACGAGGAACCUUUCUGCGCGCAUCAGCAUCAGAUCAAGGUGUACAACAGCCGUAGCGAGAGGUCCGUCAGGAGCUACGGCAAGCUCCAGAUCACCUUCGUGGGAGAGGGCUUUUACAACGACACGUUCGCUAUGACGCGCAAAGACGAAGAGCUCCUCGUCGGUUCGAUUCUGAAGAAGAUUGUCGUGCCGCAUCCAGCGGUCAACAAUCUCGAGGGGAUCGAGAUCAAGUACACGGCGUACAGCGGCUGGAUAUCGUCCGGCUUGGUGUCAUGGACCAUCGACAAGGUGACCAUCGUCGACAGUUUCGGCAAGACCAUGUCGGUCUGCAAGAAAGGCCUGAUCCUGGAGUCCGAUCGCUCGGUUUAUCUACCUCUCUAUCCCGGCGAAUGCAACAUUCCCAUGGACCCCGAGAACUCCACCUCAACAUCCUCGUCAUCGGUGUCGCCGGUGUCGUCGCACGAGCACGAAGCGGUCGAUGAGAAGAAGCACUACCAUCAGCAGCAGCAGACCGGCGGCAUCGGUCCGUUCACAAAGGACCAUAACUAUGAGACGAAGGAUGGAUAUCCCACUAUGGAGGUCCUCCCACUGGACAAAAAUAACGCGCAGAGGAAGUCUCUCGGUCCGUUCACGAAGGAGCAGAACCUCCGCAUCCCCGACGACGUGGAGGCGAAUUUCGGCACUACGAUCAGCUUCGAGGACGCGGCGAACCGGCGCGGCUCCGUCGCCACGAACCCGUGGAUCGUGCUGGACAUAUCGAGCGACGGCGACUCGAACUCCCUGGAGAACACGGAACUGGAGCGCGGCCGAGGUUUCUCCGGCGGCACGAAUCUGAUCUACCGCGCCUCGACGCCGGCGGAACGCGUCACCGAGAUCACCAGCACCACCGGUGCCACUACUACCACGGAGUACUUGCCGGAGAUCAGGGAACCGGUGCUGCGGCCGAGCAAGAAGGAGUCCGGCAGUAUUCCUGCCGGCAGGUCGCUCAAGCUGCCGGAAGUGACGGAGCCGAUCCUGCGGCCGCGUUCCACCCGGCAAAACGCGCGGAACGAGGCGACGUUGCACGAGAAGCAGCCGGACGAGAUCCAGGAGACCUCAUCGACCUCCACCAGGUCAUUUACCGUGCAAUUCUUGCCGGAGAGACUGGCCAUCAUCCUCGCGCAAGCGGAACGAUACGCCCGGCAGACUCUCCUGCCGUUGAUCUCCCAGUACACGCCGAGUUUCGUCACCGGUAUAAAACACGAAGAGCCCAAGUAUUUUCCCCUCUUGAGCGACAUGCUGCGAACGAGGACCACCGAAGCCAGCAGCAAGCCGACCGCUCAGCAGAGGAGCGACCAAGUCGCGCGGGCGAACACCAGCCGGCGCAAAUCCGACGAGUCGCCCAACCUCGAGGACCCGUCCUCGUCGAACGCGCGGUCGGACAACGGUGAGAGCGAAUACGCCGCGUCGAGAGACGACCUGCUGCUGGUAGUGGAAGCCGUAUAUCCGGAGAAGGCGCCACAGGCGAACGGCAACGUCUCCGGUCUCGAGACGGGAACGAUGCCGCCGAGCGAGACUCGCCGUGACGACAACGACUGGCGGCCGAUCAGCGAGCCGACGACGAUGUCAUCGGAGGAUGCCUCGCCGCGGAGAUCCCCGAAUGUCUCGCGGGCGCUCGACUGGUCGGUGGAUCACAGCCGAGACUGGACGUCCUCGAGGCCGACUGACUCGGAAGCGCCUGAGACCGGCGAUUGGGUGCCGAUCACGAUGAGAAGCGACGUUACGACCACGCGAAUCAGCACGUCCAGCGACGAGGAGAGCAAGCCGGCGACUCAGGAGAGCGAAGUCGUCGAGAGAAAGCCCAUAGAGGUAAUCGAGACUGACGAGAGGGCGACCACGUACGCCAGCACGUACAAGAGGAAGUUCAUACCUCUGGUCGACCUGGAGGAAACGUCCAGCCCGACUUCGUCGGCCGACUCCGAUGACAUCCCGGAACCGCGAAUCCUGAGCACCACCACGACUAUCACGCACAUCCAGAAGAUCCCGCGGCACAAGGACGCGAGGGCGAAGAGCGGCAGGAUGCUGGCGAGGUCCACGAUGAUGUUCCCGUACGCUUACGAGCGAAGGAACGAUCCCAGGACGAGGUACAUUCCGUUGAUUCCGGAGGAGGAGAUGGGCAGACCUUACUCACUCAUGGAGAGGGAUCGUUAAAGUCCAGCGUUAUAGACUGCUUGCAAAGUAGGACACGAACAGCUGCUCGGCGCCGAAACGCGCGUUCACGCUGUUCGUUAACAGUUAGUUACACACGUUUCUUCCCGACGUGAUGGGAUUUUCUAAUAGCGAAAGAAUUCGAUCACCCGCACUACGGAUUGAUGUGUAUGACGAAGGCUACUGUGUACGUGGAGCAGUUAUUUAAGGUAGUUGGCUCGUGGUGGCAGUUACUGUUAGAGAGGUAAUGUUUAAUAGAACACGAGGAAGUUCGGCGAGAAAAUCCGUGUUACAUUCAGGAGAAAAUACUUAAAAAUUUUCUUGUGGAAUAUAACGUUUCAUUUCACGCGUUUAUUUCAUAGAAAUAAAACUUAUUUUUACAGAAACGAAUAAUUGUUUCUGCGAAUUCAACCUGAUAUCUUUCACAAAUAAGUUUUUAAGUAUUUCCUUCUUCCAGUGUACAUGUUCAGAAACAUAAUUUAUGAUGUAUAGUCUUGACAUUAAAACAAACAAAUAUCCAUCAAAUUUGCAUAAUGUUUGAAAAUUCACAAAGAAAUAAUUGCUUUUCGCGCUUUGAUGUAUAGUAGUUUCGGCUGGGAUUGCCUGUAUUAGGCAUGGCUGUGAAUAUAUCGUACACAGUUAAAAAAAUGCUAGAUUCAAGUAAAUAAUUACUCCAAUACUUCUUAGCAA